UCCCCAGGAUUGUAACAAUGCCAAAUCUGUUGCUAAAUCUCGAUCAGUUCCCUCAGUGACCCCUCCCCUUCUCUUGAAUCCCCUUACAGCAGUCAUGUGACCAUGUGAUCACAGUCAGCGCAGUCAGCCAGUGAGAAGGAAACUUGUGACUGCGGUAGAAGCAGCUGGAGCGUGGCCUCUUACUGCGAGAUUAAAGAAAAGGGAAAGAAUUUACAGGACAGCUCUCCUUCAGUCUCCUCGGUUCUGUCUGGCAACAUGGAUUGCGGCAUUUGUACGUCCAAGACCAUCCUCCUCUUCCUCAGCUUGCUGUUCUGGGGUGCCGGAGCAGCAUUGGCCUAUGUUGGUGCCUACAUAAUCAUGAGCUAUAAAACCUUUGACAGUUUUGUGGCGGACAAGCAGUCUCUGAUCCCCGCGGGCAUCGUCAUCAUUACCAGCGUGGUGAUGGUCGUCAUCGGCCUGGUGGGAUGCUGCGCCACGCUCAGAGAGUCCAAAUUUGGCCUUGGCUGUUUCUUUCUGGUUAUCGUGAUAGUGUUUGCAGCUGAAGUGACUGCUUUGGUGUUUAUCUUCAUUUACCAAAGCAAAUCAACGGAGAUAAGUCAGGAGCUGGAGCGCUCGAUGAAUGAGACCUUUGUAAAGUAUGAUGGAACCGAUCUUAACUCCAAAGCUGUGGAUGAUCUGCAGUCUCAGUUGAAGUGCUGUGGAGUCAUCAACUACACCAGCUGGUUCAACACCCCCUGGUAUGAAAAAAACAAAACUGUACCUCUGUCUUGCUGCAUAAACACAACUCAGUGUUCCGGCCAACCCAGCCAGUUGUAUCAAGAGGGUUGUGUGAAAAAACUGGAGAAGUUCCUGCAUGAUGUGUUGAAUUAUGCCAUGCUGGUCAUCCUUGGGUUUGCCAUCAUCAAGUUCUUUGGGAUGCUGAGCGUCUGUGUGAUAACCUGUAGAAGUGGCAGUCGGAGGAGUGGCUAUGAGCCUCUUUAUGCCUGAGACGCUUCAUGGACGUCCCUGCUCAUUUUCCUCAAAGGGGUCUGCAGACUGCUUCUUCUGCAUUGUAAACAACAAUCGGUUCCUUCUACACAUCUAAAGUUUAUCUCAAUAAUCGUACCUGCAAGUCUGAAGAGGAUUAUAUGACAGCAUGCCUCUUCAAACUGUAACAAAAUUAUAUGUAGCUCCAUCCAUGUAUUGUUUUGAGUGCAUCUACUUUCAGUUCACUUUCCAUGAAGUAGAGCUACUUGUGCUGUCUAUAUGUCUCUUUGCAAACAAAUUAAGAAAUGGAGUCUGUCUGAAAUGCUUGAAUUCGUUUGAACUGUUUAUUGAAAGCCUUACUUGCCCGAUGCAGACUCUCCCAUUAGAUGUGAUGUAAAGAAAACUGUCCGACAGUGAGGCCUCUACUUUCACUUGUUUAUCUUUAACCCUUCUUGCUUUUCUGCAUCGUGUAGAUAAUCCUUCAAAGAACAUUAUUCAGUGAAUGUACCUUAGUAAAUUACGUCAUUAUAUCUUUGAAGUUGUUUGCGAUACUUAACCAAAGGGUUUAUUGCCUUAUUUAGGGAUCUUAAAGCAAACUGAAUGGAAAAAUAAAACAACUUGUCUUUUUCUGGUCAGUUAACUGUAUGGAGAAUCUUAUGUUUAUUAUAUUUCUAAAUUAAAAGGGUAAAUAUUUCACAGA